CCUUUUGUCAUCCUUUUAAUCUAUAUAUAAAGACCAAUUGUGUUGAUGUUAGCAAGAAUUGGAAAUUGCCACCCACAAGAUUGGUAGAGCUUUUUAUUUUAUUUUCCUUCUCUUACAACAAAAAUGAGGGGAUUCUAUUGUCUAAUGUUGCUCAUGAUAGUGGUGACAGCACUCAUCCAAUCAAACCAUAACAUGGUUGCUGCGGAUUCUUUUAAGGAGAAGAACUCAUCAGCAUCAGAGAACAACAUCACUUAUGGAUGCGUUGGGCUUCACUGCCAAGUUGACGAUGAUGUCGAAGCUGAUUUGUUCAUGGAUCAACAUGGAUUACGAAGAAUGCUUGCCAGUGAUCCUCCAAUUUCUUUUGGGUCGCUCGAUCAAUUUACAGCAGUACGGGGUGACUGUCCACCAGAUUCCCAAUAUGGUUCCUCUUCCUGCCUUAACAGCGCACAAUUCGUGGGAACAUGUCCUGGUGAUCCAAAGAAUAGAGGUGUCAGUUUCUGCAGGCGCAACAAUAAGCCACAGUGACUUAUUAGUGAUUUUGAUUUUCAUGUUUUAAGGUGAACUCUGUGUAUCGUUUUAGAUUUUACCCUGUUUGUCUUAGUAUGUAUUGUUGUUCUUUUCUUUUACGUUUUUAAAGGUUCCAUAACUUGUUCAGUUAUAUAUGGUGAAUUGUUGUAUGAAUAAAUAAAUAUGUUGUUUGAAUAAAUUGUUAUGAUGUCGCAUGGAGUCUCAUAUUCUGGAUUGCUUUUUAUGC